GCUAAUCGGCGUUCAGGUUUCGAACUCUAUGCAGUUACUCGGCCGGAUCAAGGGAGUGAGACCAAGGCGUGAGGCGUGAGGCGUGUGGUUCUCAACUGGUGUGUGGUGUUUGUAAAUGCCGUAUAUACAUGUACCGGCCUUGCUCUCGGGCGUUGAAGCUGCUUCCUGUUCUGCUAUGGAGCCAGUAUCAAACGGUGCCGGGACAAGCAGCCCGAGUCUUUCUUCUCCCAGAGCGCUCUUUCUUGAAUCUUUGUUUCCACCACAUCCUCCGUGAAGCCCGAGAAAACAUCUCUAGCAUCAGAAGAUCCUAUAAAAGACAAAAAAGACUUAUACAAAAGAAUCCUUUGCUCACAAAGGGGAGCGCCGGAGCAACAACAUGCCCAUAGCACUGUCCCCUCCCUUCCGGCCAAGAAAUGGCUUGACCAAGUUCACCAACUGCCGCCUCCUGCGCGGCGAUAAGCUGGUCGAGGAGGAUCUCUGGGUCAGCUCGCUGUCCGGCAAGGUUGUCAACAGCCAGGCUGCCUUUUUCGACGAUCUCGUCCUCCCCGACCAGACCAUCGACCUCGGCGGCCGCAUCAUCUCACCUGGCAUGAUCGAUGUGCAGCUCAACGGCGCGUUUGGAUUCAACUUCUCGACGCUGCUCGAUGACAUGUCACAGUAUGGCAAAAAGGUCAAGGAGGUGCAGAAGUUGCUGGUGCAGACGGGCGUCACAUCGUACAAUCCCACCAUCACCAGCCAGAGGCCAGAACUAUACCAGAAGGCUCUUCCGUUCCUAGGACCGUCAGGGCACUUGCAGGAGGCCGAAGAUGGGGCCGAGUCGCUCGGCGCUCACUGCGAGGGGCCGUUCCUCAGCCCGACCAAGAAUGGCGUGCACAACGUCGACGUGUUGAUAGAGGCGCAGACGUACGAGGAUCUCGAGGCGUGCUACGGCAAGCACAAUCUCACGCCUCGCGCCGAGGGCGACAAGAUCCCCAUCAAGUACAUCACGGCGGCGCCGGAGCGCGGCCAGAUGAUGAAGCUGAUUCCGGAGCUCACGGCAAAGGGCAUCAUCUACUCGGUGGGACACUCCGAGGCGACCUACGAAGAGGCGUCCAAGGCCGUGGGCCAGGGCGCGACAAUGAUUACGCACCUGUUCAACGCCAUGCGUCCUCUGCAUCACCGAAACCCAGGCAUCUUCGGCGUCCUGGGCAUCGCCGAGAGCCUGCCGCGGCCGUACUUUGGCAUCAUCGCCGACGGCAUCCACUUACACCCAACCACCAUCAAGAUUGCCUUCAACUCACAUCCCGACGGAUUCAUUCUCGUCACCGACGCCAUGCACCUUGUCGGACUGCCUGACGGCGCAUACCCGUGGACCAACGGUGACACGACGUGCAAUAUCGUCAAGGUGGGAUCCAAGCUGCUCCUGGAGAAUUCCGACACCAUUGCCGGCAGCUGUUAUCGCAGCACGUACACCGCAGGAUAUGCUAACAUUAGAAUCAACCCCCCCAGUUCCAUCACCCUCCUCGAAUGCGUCAACAACUUCCUGCAGUGGACAGGCACCGGAAUUCCACACGCGCUCAAGGCUGUGACGGCGACCCCCGCUGCGAUGCUGGGCUUACAAGGGGUCAAAGGAUCGCUUGACGCUGGUGCUGACGCUGACUUGGUCAUCUUUUCAGAGGCGAAAACGCCCGGCCAGCCCAGCACUCUGGUAUUGGACGAGGUAUGGAAGUUUGGCACCAGAGUUCACCGCGUCAUCCACAAUUUGUAG